AUGGUUAGCAACUCUGAUCAAGACUACAGAAGAAGACUGACAUGCUCUGGAAUUUGUGGUCGCUCGGAGGAUUACGAGUAUGACUUUCUAUCGCGACAGAACACUCAAAGCAACGGUACCUUGACUAGGGAAGAUGAGGAGAAGAAACAGGAGAUGGAGACUUUGGUAUCGGAAGCAAUGAAUCAACUCUCGUUUGAUGAGCGGCAACGCCAACAAGAGGCUUUGCACGGAGUCGAAGAAGGGAUCAUUGAAGACGAAGCGUUAAUCAGCAGUGCGCUUGAGGAACUUGAUAGCCAUCUCUUGCGUCGUAGCAAUACAGACCGCAGCGCAUACGAAAAAGCCGAAAGAAUGGACCCCCAUUAUGUGGGUGCAACCGCAUUACGAUUAAUGUUCCUGCGUUGUAAUCGAUAUGAUGCAAAGGCUUCAGCAGGACAAAUGCUAAAGUUUUUCGAGAUGAAGCAACAGCUUUUCGGGGAUGAGAAACUGGUGAAGGAGAUCACGAUGGAGGACCUAGAUGCGGAUGACUUGGCAUGCCUAAAUUGUGGCUUUUUGCGAAUGAUUGGUAAAGAUCAAUCAUCCCGACAUGUUUUUCUCGGAAUUCCGGCCCUUCGAUCGUUCAAAGCUCUGAAAAACGAAAUGAAAUCGCACUUUUUCUUCAAGAUGAGUUUGUUGAAAUAUGAGGAAAUCCAACUCAGAGGUGUAGUACGAAUUAGCUAUGAAGUUGGUCAUUGUAGGAACAAGACAAGUUUUGGAAUGUUGGAAUUUGCAAGACUGUCGAACGCAAUUCCUCUUCGCAUGGCAUCUAUUCACCUAUGCAUUGACGAUAUUAAGGCCUUUUUCGUGUACGAUCUGGCGUUGAAGGCACUACGUCCGACACAACGUGCAAAACUAAAGAUUCAUUACGGGACGCAUUUGGAAUGCCAGUAUCGACUCUCCAGUUACGGAAUAUCGAGGUCAUUGCUACCUUUCGAUCCAAGUACCAAUGUAAUCACCCAGAAACAUCUGAUUCAUUUGUCCCCGACCAAUCCCAUUUCUUCUGUGUUGAGUACUACUGUUACUGUAUUUGAGCCAAGUCAGCCAUUUGCUCUUGGAAACACUGAUAACGUUUUAUUCAGCCGCGGUAGAACCGGCAGAAACAGGGGCAACCUUCGGUUGAGAACCCUUGUAACAGAAUCGUCGAGACGUUAUGACUCUGGAUCGAAUGAAAGUAAGCGAGUUGUAGUGGAUGACAUUAUCAGUAAGAUUCACGGUACUGGAGGCCGAUUUUUGAAGCAACAAAGCACCACAAAAUUACACACAGCUUCUUCUUGGGUUCAACUUCCUGUUGAAGAAGUGCGAACGAAAAUCACGCAAAUGUUUCGUAACAAAAAGCGAGCUGCGCUUCGGCAAAAUGCCAAUGAUGGGUUUUCUAUUUCAGGCGACCCGCUUCCCAGCGAUGUGGUCUUUGGGAAGUUUCACAAUAGUCGAGGCAAGGAUUUGAUGCAACGUUUGAUUAAGGAUCGCUUCGAAGAGUAUGAUUCUCUUGAUCGGGGCAAGAAAACUACAGUAGUCGACGCAAUUAUCGAGGCAGUCAAAGCCAAAGGUGGUCGUUUUCUACUGGUAGCACCAAGCAAUGAUGGGUAUCUUGAAGUAUCAACUGAGACAGUGAGAGAACGUGUAGCAAAGUACUUCCGAAACCAGCGUCGGACAUCAACGACAAGGUAA